CAAAGACAUGGCUCCCACACAGCGGAGAGGUCCCUGGGUCCCGGAAGAGGACCAAGAAUUGCUCCAGCUGGUCCGCACCCAGGGCCCAAAUAAUUGGGUUCGAAUCUCUCAGCAUAUGAAAUAUCGAUCUCCAAAGCAGUGCAGGGAGCGCUUCCACCAGAACCUGAAGCCCUCGUUGAAUCACGACCCCAUCACUCCUGAAGAAGGAUUGAUGAUCGAACGCAUGGUGAACGAGAUGGGCAAGCGGUGGGCGGAGAUCGCCAGAAGACUGGGGAACCGAAGCGAUAACGCCGUCAAGAACUGGUGGAACGGCAGCAUGAACCGGAAGAAGAGACGGCUUGCUCCCACCCGAGAACCCGCUUCCCGAAUAUUCAAUGGUCGAGUCGAGCCUCCUUACCCCAGGAGCCCCGUUAGCCCACAGUUCAGACAGGCACAGCUCCGUGACGGUCAGGCGCCGUGGCUGCUGACCGAUUGCCCUCAAAGCGCUCGAGCCUCCAUUUAUAUCCGUGAGGACUGGCCGAGAGAACGAUCCUCUCCAGUCGCACACCAUCGAUCUCUGCCGCCGCUGUUCACCCCAGAUUCUUCCUCGCACAUCGAACAUCCGCUCACUUCGCCCUGCUACUCAGAAGUAUCUACCCGGACGUCUGCCGGCCCCCCGUCCAUGAUCUCAGAUCACACGUCCGUGGCUUCUGCCUCCCCCAGAACGAUAACGUCCCCAUCAAUACCACCCAUUCCCGUGGAUAUUCACCCAAGUUACGACGAGCGACGACGAGGUAGCGCACCCGUCGUCGGUUUCACAUCAAACCAACACCAUGCAUAUAGCUCCAUUGCCGGAGCGAAGAGUAUGGAGAUCCUAGCCGGAAGCAGCCCAAUUCGAGAUUGGCGCAGCUCUACGAGCGACCCACAUCCCCAUUUCCACCCUCACAACCCAGUUCCUGCGUAUCAACAUCGUCCUCAGUCGGUCCCCGAUACGAAGACCCAUUCCAUCAUGACACAAGAUCGUGAUGCGAGAAUGGGCUUGAACAAUUUACUCAAUUAAUUGCCAAGCCUGUCUUCCGAAUAAUUUUCUACUUAUGACAUGACCUUUUGCUUCUUUUUCCCUCGUCUCUCUAUAAUGGAAUGUGGACAAUGUCCGUUAUAUUUUCUUUGGGUGGUCAGGCCUGUUAUUACGGCUAUCUUUUUGAGCUAUUGUUCAACUAGCUAUUGUUACGAAUUCCUAUAUCCCCAAUGUUCUUCUUAUAAUUCUACCUCCUUCUCCUAUCCGGUCUACAUAUUCGAGACUCGAAGAUCUAUUUAUGUGGACAUAUCAACAUCUAUCUUUCCUCCCGAAA